UUUGACAAAAGUAAAAUGUAAGAUGGUAAGAAUAAGGUUAGGGACGAUAGCUGAAAAAAAUUGUUUAGAAAAGAUAUUCUUUGCGGGUUUUAUAUAUUUAUAAAAAUAUAUAUUAUCGUUUAUAGACAACUUUGUGUGAUUUGUAACAUUUUUAUUUAAAUAAUAAAUAUUUCAAUGUACUGAAGUUAGUUCUAUUAAAUAUACUUAUACAAAAGUGUAUAUAAUAAUUCAUCAAGGGCCAAUAUUUUUUUAAAACGAAGAUUGUAGCUUUGAAGAAGAAAAGUUGAAUUUGUUGUUUAUGUAACUGUAUGAGCUAUUUGUAUUCUCGAAAAUACCUGAUUGACGUUAAAUUCGAAAUAUUGUUGGCUAAUCUAACUACACAAUCUAUAAACUAAAAAAGGAAGCUAGAUUAUUGAAAAUCUAGAGAAUGCCACUUAAGUAAACAUUAUUAAAUGUUGUUGGAUUAACUUUAGUGGUACUGAUUGAAUAUCAUACAAAUUUAUGUAUUAUCAAGAAUAUCAAACCAAAAAAAAGUCAAAAUGGAUAAAGAAAUAGCGAGUGCAGUUACAUCGGGGGAUUUAACGGCGAUAGAAAGAAUUUUCAAAAAUGGUGCAGACCUGAAUGCCCGCAUAGAUUCUGUGACACUAAUUUAUCUGGCUAUAAAAGCUAAAAAGUUUGAUGCUGUCGAAUUAUUGUUAAGGUUGGGAGCACGAGUUGAUGAUUUCGUUCAAUUGACUGGUUCAUUGACAAAAUAUACGGCAUUACAUAUCGCGUGCUUAGAAAAUGAUCGAGACUUGACAAGAUUAUUGGUCAUUGAGUACGAUGCUAAUGUUCAUGCUGUCGCCGAUGAUAUCCAACCGAUUGCCUUGGCGGCUCUUCUUGGACACGUGCAUAUCGUUCGUAUACUCUUGGAUAAUGGUGCAAAUCCUGAUGCUACUAUCAGUAAAUCUAUUUAUACAAAAUAUGUGAAAGAUGUCAUGUGGUGUAGCGACUUUGGAGACAAAAUGAGUUUAUUGACGUAUGCAAUUCUCAACAAUCAACAUGACUUGGCUACACUUUUAUUAAAAUACGAUGUCAGUGUGAAAGUUAAAAGCCUCACCAAUAAAACAUUGUUGAUGUAUGCUGUCAAAAAUUAUAGAACAGUCAGAGAAAUUUCUAAAUCGAUUAUAGAUAAAUUAAGUCCUGAAGAAAUCAACGCGCGGGAUGAUGGAGAUUUUUCAGUGAUGCAUUAUCUGAUGCAUGAUUUACUGUGUGUUACAUAUUUAAAUGUCAAUCCAAGUGAUAAUUAUACUUUUAUAAUGCUGGAAGUGCUAGAUUCAUUAAUUUCAAGAGGAUUCGAUUUCGAAGGAACGAUGAACGCAAAUCCAAAAGAUUUCCUAGUAAAUAUGGCGGCUGCUAAUCAUUGUGAUUAUAUUUUGGUAUUUCUGCUUUUAUAUGGCGUUUCCAUUUCUAAAUCAAAAGCUCUGUAUAACGCUCUAAAACCUGAAGCUUCGAAAUAUUGUUAUUUCCCGGACUGCCCUGGCAAUGACCUAAGUAGAAUAUCCAAAGGUUAUUGGAACCCGCAUAGAAUACAAACUCAAGAUAAUAUUUUGAAAGAUUUACUUAGCAGACAGUACUUUCACGAUCCGACUGUACCCAAACAAGAAAUAGAAUUGAUGGAUGAAGUAAUUAAAGAAGAUAAAACUUGGGUGAAAGCGUAUUUAGAAGGGUAUAAAAAAGAGUUAUUAAAUUUAAAGGACUAUUUUAUUCACUUGAGUAAUAAACGUAUGUCGUUUUACGAUUUUCUUAUGUUGACUAACAAAGAAUUGGAAAAUCUUGUUAGAGUCGAAAAUUUUACUCACGUUCUUUCUGCAAAAAAGCUUGCCUGGACGAACCCAGGAAUGCUGUUCGGUCGUAGAAUAAAGGCGCUUAUCAGACAAGCUCAAAAAAGAGUUAAACUUUUGAACCAGGGCAAAAAAAUACGUUUUCCUACUACUAACUGUCUUUCGCAAUUGCCAUGUGAAAUCAUUUUAGAAAUUAUAGAAUAUUUAGACGUCAAAGAAUUGGAACUUUUUAUACUUGCCUUCCAAAGCUGAAAAUUAUGAUAGUUUAUUUUAUUCAUUAGACUUAAUAUUAUUUUUAUAAUUUAUUUUAAGAUGGUUUAUGUGAGAUGUAACAAAUAAAACUUUUUAAACGAUAACUGUUU